AUGGACAAUGGAACUUGUAUUUCCCUCUCUGAUUGCCCAUGUGUUUAUCAUGGGACAGCAUUUCCUGUUGGCUCAAAAAUUGAGCAAGAAUGUAGUGACUGUAUUUGUAUUGGUGGAAUUUGGAACUGCACUGAGCAUGAUUGCCCAGCUGAAUGUUCAAUCGUUGGUGAUUCCCAUUUCACAACUUUUGAUGGUCGCCAUUAUACCUUCCUUGGGAUCUGUCAGUACAUUCUGGUGAAGGGCACCGGGAAAGACAAAUUCACAAUUACUGUACAGAAAACUCCAUGCGGUCAGAAUCUUGAUCAUGUCUGCAUUCAGUCUAUAACACUAGUUCUUGAAGAUGACUUGAACAAGCAAGUGACUUUGAACCGAGGUGGUGAAGUUCAGUAUAGCUCUUCCAGUCAGGGUUUGAACCUAAAUGGGUAUGCUGAAGUACGGAAUCUGUCUUCAUUGUUUGUGCAGCUGAAAACUAAAUUUGGUUUAAGAAUUCAGUUUGCUAAAGAUGGCGAGAGAGUGUAUAUUCAACUCAGUGCUGCUUGGAAAAGGAGAACUUUGGGUCUAUGUGGAACAUAUAAUGGAAACUUGAGAGAUGAUUUUCUAUCUCCAGCAGGAAUGAUUGAAGGCACCCCGCAGCUCCAUGCCAACGCAUGGAAGGUUUCAUCAGCAUGCCAUGUGCCCGUCAACAUCCCCGUGGUUGAUCCUUGUAACAUUAACCAACAAAAUGGUGCACUUUUACUUGGGGGUUUUGAUGUAGAUUUAUCAUAAUAGCGUUCUUAGAUCCCAGUUCUUUUCCUGUGUCUGAACUUUAUUGUCUCCUACAGAUGAUUUUGGGCUGUUUCUUUAAUCUGCCAUUUAGAUUCAGAGCAAUCUUUCUGGUAAAGGCAAAUCUCUCUCCUGUUUGUUUUAAACCCCAUUGAUUUCAAUGGCUAGCAUAUACACCUAGCUUCCUGGGAUGGUGCUCAUUAAGGUCAGUAGGAUGAGGACUGUGCAUGUAUAUUUGCAUGCAUUAUGUUUUGGCUAGCCUGUAGUUUUGGUGUAGUGUUAUCAGUCUUGGCUACUUACUUUUCACCGAGUGCUUUUAAAUAGUAUGAGUACUGCUAUAAGCCAAAUGUUGCUUUCC